UACGCCUCUUCACCACCCACUCCCAUCGUCUCUCUCUGAGAUUGAGCUGAACUCUCUCCCAGAAAAUUCAACGACUCAAGCUCUGUAAGUAGGUGAAAGAACAAGAAAAAAAAAAUUGCCCAUGGACGCCAUCCUCUGCGACGAGCUUCUCCUGGAAAUAUUCCUCCGCCUCCCUCCCCCUUCCUACUCUGCCGUCCCCCUCGUCUCCAAGCGCUGGCUCCGCCUCCACCGCUCCUCCACCACCACCCUCGCCCUCCGCUUCCCCACCCCAAUUCCCUCUCUUCUUCCCUCCAUCGCCGCCUCUCUCUCUCUCUACCCCUUUCUCUCCUCCCUCUCCGUUGUCUCCUCCUCCUCCGACUCCUCCGAGGACGGCGGCGCUUUCUCCGACCGCCUCCUCCUAGCAGUUUCUUCCUCUUGCUCCCGGCUCCGGCACCUCCGGUUCCUCGCCGGACCCGUCUCCGUGUACUCGCUGCUUUCUCUGUCCGCCUCGUGUACCCAUCUCACCUCCCUCAACAUAACGCUCUUCCGCCCCCUCCGUCUCCGGUGGCUCGCCUCCUUCCGCUCCCUCAAGGACCUCUCCUUCUGUAUCUGCACCGCUGGCGACGACGUUCCCGGAGAAUUCGAUUCCGAAGAAGACCGUACGGACUUGUUAUUGGGAAAAUUCGAUACCGCGGAAUUGGGUUUGGAGAGUCUCUCCCUGUCGGGAAUUCGAGCCGGAGAUCGAGCCCUCGGGUGGGUUUGGAGAAAUUGCAAAAAGCUUCGGAAAUUACGGCUGCGAAGCUGCGAGGGUAUCGGCGAUGAAGGCUCCUUUUCUUCCUUUAUCAAAUGCUUGCAGGGUCUCCAAGAAGUGGAGCUCAGAACCUCUAGGACUAUUGUUAAUGGGGUUUUGCUGAAAUUAGCAGAGAAUUGUUCCUCCCUAAAUUCUCUGUUGGUUUAUGAUGGAGGCAGCAAAGAGGGUUUGCUUCAGUUCAUAAACCACUGCAGGUGUAAAUUUAAUCUGCGGAGGCUUGAUUUUCGCCUCCCCCUUGACCUCGACAACCACCACCUCUUGGCGGCGGCGGAAAGUUUCAGGGGGCUGUCCAGCCUUAGUCUCCAGAGUUGCUGUCUUGUCACCGGCGAAGGCCUAAAGACUCUUGGGCUAGCCCUAAAUUCCAGGCUUGAAGAAUUAGCAUUGAUAAAUUGUGAUGUGCUGGAAAGAGAGCCUGGUUUGCUCACCACAUUGGGGCAGAGUUUAAGGCAAUUGAAGAAACUAGACCUUUCCCACAAUGAGAUGUUGCUCGAUAAGGAGUUCGUCUCAAUGUUGGUUUCGUGCAAGGGAUUGGUCGAUUUGAGGGUGAGAGGGUGUAAGAGUCUGACCAACGCAGCCAUUGUUUCCCUCUUCAAGAGCUGCAAGCUCCUGGAGAGUGUUGACAUAAUGCACUGUUGUGGGAUUGAGGUUGAGGCUGUUGAGAUGUUUGUGGUGAAUUCGCCGAGGCUGAGGCGGGUUUGGGUCGAGGAAAGCAAGAUAUCGGACGCUGCAAGGACAUGGGCAUUGCGAAAAUCUGUGGAGGUCAUGGUUUGAUUGAUGAAGGGAUGGUGAAAGAAAGAAAAAUGCUGUUCAUGAGUUUCUCUUGUUUGAUGUUUCUAAUGAAACAGGUCCAUGCUCCUCUAUAUCUUUCUUGUAUUUGGGUUGAAUGUAGAAGCUACUGUUGUUUAUGUUGCAAAUUGGGAGCAGCUCCUGCUCUGAAUAAUCAUGUUUAUACCAUUGAAAGUAUUUGGUUAAUAUAAGUUCAAUCAGUUCAGUUU